GAGCAUGGGAGGUUGAGAGAGAAAUCAAGAUCAAGCUUGGCUGGGUCAUCACAGCAGCUAAACAUUCACAUACUAGCGCUGGGUACAGUUCCAUCAUAAAUCUGCAAAAAUGUCUCAGGCAGUUGACUGGUUAAACAGCCAGACAGGCCUGUGUAAAGUAGACCUUUUCAACCCAGAAGGACAGAAGGACCAGGACCAUAAAGUGAUCUGUUUUGUUGAUGUCUCCAGCUUGAAUGUGAAAGACAAUGAUCCAAAGGCAAAGAAAACUGCAAGCCAGUUCAGCAACAUCUCUGCCCACUCAAAUGAAAUUGAUCUGGAGGAAAAGGAGGUCAUUGUAGUAAAGGACAAUUUGAACCACGAUCAUUCUAAGACUCAAGGAACAGUUUGUCUCUUUAAGCAAGGUUCAACUGAUGAACUUAGUGUUGUAAGCUGGCUCAACAAUGACCUUCAGAAAUAUGCAGCUGGAUUCCAACAUGCACUGACCCCAUCAGAUAACCCUCAGAAGCACACAGGUAGCAACACUUCCAUUAAUCCAUCACUGCCUAAGAAGAUGGCUCAGGACAGUGACACAUCUCUGCAGUUUGCCGGUUCUCAAAAAGGAAACAGAUAUCCAGAUGAUAUUUCAUGCUACAUAAAUAAACUGUGCUCACUACUCAGCUCACUUGUUCUUCAAAUGGCACAUAAAGAGAUUACAGAUAAGAUAGAAGGCACAGCCUCUAAACAUCUGCAACAGGCAAUUCAUAACUCUUCUGGUGAAGUGAAAAACAGUAAUCCCCACUCUUCUGGGAACAAUCCUGCAGAGAUGGUGAAUGAAUCCCCUCAGGCAACUACACCAACCCCCCACGGUAAGCUACCACCCCCCAAGGCACCUCAAGAGAAGGCUCCCAAAAAAGAAGAUAACCCAGGUGCCAAGAAAACAUCACUUUUCUAUGGUGAGCUGUCCAGUCAAAAAGGCUGCAAUGAAGGAGAAACAUCUUCAAAUACGCAACUGUGUCAGCAGAACAAAUACUCCAGGCAAGAUGAUUCCGGUACUUCUGUCAGCAAAGGGCUAAUGGUUUAUGCAAACAAGGUUGCUUCAGACAUGGUGUUCUCAUUCUUGAAGACCAUGAAAGUUGAAAAGACGGGCAACAAGCAUGCACCAGCCUGCCUGGUUUUGAAGAAAGUAGUUCUCAAACACACCAGAGAAGUUCUCUCAGACUUGAUAGACUCAGCAAUGAAAAAUCUGCAUGGUGUCACAGGUGAGCUCAUGACAGACUCUGGCUUUGUUGCCACAGUGAAGAAAAAUCUAUUCAAUAUGGGAAGCCAGAAGUCGACUGAAAUUUUGGAAGCUAUGGUAAGAAGGCUUUAUAAUGUCCUUUUAUCAGAGCCAGAUAAAUCCAGGUCUCAAAGUCUAGCAUAUACCAUACUGAAAGCAGGGCUCCCACCAGACUCAGAGUCUCAAAGCAUGCAGUUUGCAGCAAUGAAAAGUAAAAUCCAGGGAAAAAAUAAGGAAAAAGGUAAUCCACUGAUGCAGACCUGUGCUAAAAGCGUAAGCGAGCACACACUCAAGGAAGGAGUCACAAGGCUGUGUACAAAAACUACUUGCACAGCUCCAGAUAAGGCAAAAGGGAGUCAAGAAAAAAAUCCAGGAACAGCCAGCAAUUCAACAGAAUCCCUAGCAAAAGACCUCAUUUUGACUUCCUUAACACUGAUACAACAGCACCUAUUACAACAGACAAGCAAACCAACAGGCAAAGAGUGUAGUGAAUCAGGUGCCGCUUCAUUUGGGCAUGUUUCCCGCGACGCACAUUUCGAAAAAGCUGGGAACAGCCAAAGUUCCAAGUCCCUUGCAGAGGCUUCUGGGUCGAGGCCAGCAGGGACAAGGAACCAACAGCAGCUUAACUCUCAGAUGGGGGAGAUAUCAAGUAUCCUCUUGUCCAUCAUACAGAAGGUCUUGCAUGAAGCUGGGUUCAAUAGUGAAGACAGCUCCAGCGAAACAAACAAGAGCUUAAAGCAUACCUCUGCCAGCGAAUGGGAGCCUGGCAAACAGGCCAUAGCCAAUCAGCCUAAUUCAGCCAUGGAGCAGUUUGGCAAUAUGGAUCAGGUCAACAAGCAAUUUAUUGACCAACUGGUGGAAACUGCGAUGAAGUUGUGUCUCUUUGUGGUCAAAGGAAGUGGCACUGACUCAGCUAUAGGUGACUUGUCAGAGGAACCCAAUGCAUUUGAUGCCUCAUCUGCAAAAGCUCAAGCAACACCCACGAUAGCUUCCCUACCAAAACAGAAUGGAAACCCAGUUACAGGUUCAUCCUCGGGUUCUCAAGUGAUAGUGACCAACCAGAAUGCCAACAACAACUCACAAAACAAAGAGCUUCAGGCCAUCCUCCAGUGGGUGGUUGCUUCCCAGUUCAACGUGCCAAAUCUGUCAUUUAUGCAUGGAAACGAGGAGGAUCUGAAAAAGCUUCCUCUUCUGGCUGAAAGAGCAGCCAAGAAAGGCCGCAGCGUGGGGGAUAUUCUCCAGGAAGUAAUGAGGUACCUUGACAAACAGAAUGAUGGCACUGUGGGAAAAACAACUAACAGUGGACUGAUGGACUGGUUGCUUACUAACCUGUGAAUAAGUGCCACCUCUCCUCAUGUUACUUUAACCCAGCUAUCUUACCACCCUGCUGGAAUAACAAAAAUAAUACAACCAAUUUUCCUUAGAACUGCACUGAAUUCCACAGGUUGUCACACUAACUGGGCAAUAUCAUCAAUUAAAAGAAU